AAUUUAUGUACAUUGGAAAAAUGUAUAUUUUAUAUUUCUAAUUACUUUAAUUUGAAUUGGAUACGUUUUGUGUUGCAUUUUGGAAAAUGUGGUUUACUACUAGUACUCGGGGCGAAUUUCAGUUAUGAUCAAACUUGGAACAACAUAUCUCCGGAGACGUGGGUAGCUAGGAUCAAGAAUAAUUAAUGUAGAUGAAUACAUCUAAAUCAUAUGUGAAAUGUCAGCUCAAUAUAGUAAAUGAAGAUUGAGGAAGAACACGAGAGGAGAAACCAUACUGUCUUUGGGAGAAAAAAAACUACAUUGGUCGCAAGUGGAAGUAAUCGAGGAACGCUUCCAGUCGACGACAGCUCAUGACGUUGAGCUCAAUUGUUUUGGUCCAUAUCAAGACUCUGAGGAAUUGCACGGACUUUUACUAUGAAAUUGCUUAUUUCUCAAGCCAAAAAGAAAGAGUGGACCCGCUAACGCCACAAUAGUACUAGCAGGCAUGUCAGAGUCUGGUCUCGUGCAAGUAGCUAGCUAACGUUACUGUGUUUUCCUUUCGUGAACUACUAUGUCUUGCUAGAGAUGUUUAGUAAUGUGUUAAUGCAGAAAUGUAACAGGUGCCGACUGCAGUGCUAGCUACAUAAAAUUAGUAUUUCCCAAAUAAUAGAAGAGAGAGGACUUUCACGUUACAUGUUGGGCAUUAGCUACAAGGUAACAUUGCAACUUGACAAUAAUACUUAGCUAGCUUAGCUUUACUUGCUAGCGGACUGGUGACGUUUGGCUACUUUGACAGCUCUUAUUACUAUUAACACUUGCAAUAUUAGCUACUAACGUUACUACAGCAAAGACCUUGGUUACUUAGCUAACUUAAUGAAUUAUCUGGUUGGCUGUGCUGUUGAGCGUUAAACUGGUGCCCAUAAUUAUUAUUUAAAGUUUUCUGAUACACCAGUUUUUUUUAUUUGUACGAACAUAUUUGCCCCCUUUUGCCACAAUGUUCAAGAUUUGUCUUAAGAUAGCUCUACGGCCCACGGUCUCAUCAAGAGCAGUGCUGGAAAGUGUCACGGUCAGAAAUGUUUUGAAGGUGUCUCAUUUGCAAAGUUGUUGGAUGGGAACGCUCGGACGCAACGAGCCGCGGGAACCCCUGAAUUCUCCAAAAAGAGCGAAAGAAUUCAUCUACAGCCUUCACCCCAAAGAAAGAACAUGUUUGCUAAAAGAACUGCAGAGCUUUGAAUCCAUAGCAAUAGCUCAAGACUCUGAGGCGUCCAGCUGCACUAGCCAGUUGGGUGGCCAGAGUGAGACACCUGAAGGAGAAGUGGGGUUACAGGAGACUCAAGAGACUUCACCGCUUACUCGAGCUCAGAUCAAAUACGUGCUUCUACACAAUGCCAUCCCCUUCAUUGGUUUUGGCUUCUUGGACAAUGCCAUCAUGAUUGCAGCAGGAACCCAGAUUGAGUUGUCUAUAGGUGUCACCUUUGGAUUAUCGACCAUGGCAGCUGCAGCUCUUGGGAACCUAGUGUCAGACCUGGCUGGACUUGGUCUUGCCGGAUACGUGGAGGUCCUAGCCUCCAGGCUAGGGAUGCAGGUUCCUGACCUGACCCCCAAGCAGGCUGACAUGUGGCAGACCAGGGUUAGCUCCCACAUGGGAAAAGGUAUUGGAGUCACAAUCGGAUGCAUUCUGGGAAUGUUCCCCCUGUUAUUCCUAGGGGAUGAUGAUGAGAGCAAGAAAAAAGAAGCACAAACCAACACCACAGACUCUUAACAGCAUGUGAACUAUCUUUCUGGUCUCAGGGUCAAAUACAACCUGCAUCAUCAGCAUGAUUUUAAGUUAAUCUCUAACUCUGAAAACCUUUCUUCUCUAUUUCAUAAUAUAAUAUAAUAUAUGUAAUUUAUCCAAAGUGACUUAGUCAUGGGUGCAUACAUUUUACAUACGGGUGGUCCCGGGAAUCGAACCCACUAUGCUGGUGUUGCAAGCGCCAUGCUCUACAAACUGAGCUACCAGAUAAUCUUCCAAAAGUUUAUGAGCCAUUAGGCUUACAAAGUAGUUGCAUUUGAUGGCAAGUUAUUUUCGUGGAUGGAUUUCGUAGAUUAAUUUGCCUAGGAGUUGAAAAUGAGUUUGAUAUUAAUUUAAACCAAUGUUUCACAAUCUUGGCAAAAGAUAAAACAAAGGAACAUGCCAACUGCUACCUCGAUGGCAUUUUAUUUGUGUUCUGAUUGAAACAACAAGAGUUGAACUAGAUGCGUCUUUUGUUGAGGAAUUUCUGUACAGUAUAUUAUGCAUCAAACUUUAUUGAUUUACUUUGUCAACAAGGAAAAAGCGAUUACGCUAUGAUUUGAAAAAGACAAAUGCUGUUUUUUAGCACUACCAACCCAGUUUUUCAGAUGCAUAAUUACAAACAUACCUCUACUAUACGCACACUAAAUUGAGUAGGCGUAAUGCGUUGGGUUCCUAGCAUGUCAAUCUUAAAUUGCCUAUCUAUUAUUCUAACUGUUGAUCCAUGUCUCUUAGCUUUCACAUUUAUUUUAGCAAAGCCAAUUUUCACAGUCCAAACCAUAGAAGUGCCUCAAUUUAUUUUCAUCACAUCACUCUAACCAAAUGUCUCUUUAUUACCUUUUUAAAAACAAGCACAUAGAUUUUAUUUUGUGAAGAAGUAUUUAACUUAAUGUUUGAAAGAACGUCAUUGUUAGUCUGUUAAUCUGCUGUAUUUUAAAGAAAUUAAGUUCAUGAAGUGAGCUAAACAAUAGAGUAAGACUGCACACGCGCUGUUUCUUAAAAUGCAAUUACAGCACCUAUUAUUCCGUUGCCAAUAUUAUGGACAGAUUUAGUUUGUUCACUGAUAGACAACCAUUUGCUUAUGGUGGCCUAAAUCAGAUUUAUUUUUAUUUUUUAUAGAUUUAAUCAAACUAGUCAUUUAUUGUGUGAAAGGAUAUUCUUUGUUUUCUGUCUAUGAAUAUCGGUGUUCGUUUUUCCGUUUUGCCUUUUCGGAUUACAGUAAAUGCAGUACUUCAACUGAAAUUCCCCUCAA